AUGAAUAACAAUGAAGUUGCUAACAACAGUAAUAAUGGAGCUACUAGCAAUAAUAAUAAGUUACCAUCACUGAAUCAGAUGAUACAUGAUCAUCCUGGAUUCAGAAAUGAAAUCAACUCUUUGCAUCAAUUUCACCAACAACAACAACAACAACAACAACAUCAACAUCCAUUGUCAAUACCUGUACAUCCUCAAAGAACUACACAACAACAGCAACAACAACAUAUACAACAACAAUCUCAUCAAAUUCAACAUCAACAACAACAUCCAUCUAGUCCAGUAGUGGUUCCCAAUACCUUUCCCAACAGAUUGUCGUCAUUUCCCCAGCACCCAAUAAUCGCAGUACCUUCCAGCACUAGUAUCGGCGGAUCUAACAACAUAGACCACCCACGAGAAUGGGAGAGGGAUAUAGACAAAGAUCGAGAUGACUAUUCAUUCAAUAUUAUUUCGAGUGGGAAUGGUGGACAUGUCAACAGUGGUAGUAGCAGCAGCAGUAACCUUAUCACCAAAUCGACAUCAAGCUCAGAUGACAGUAUAUUGAGGAAACAAGAGAGCCUUCAAACAAAGACACAACAUAUCCCAUUAGAUCUAAAGAAAAGGAAACUGUACAAUAAUAACAACAACAACAACAAUGAAUCAAUUGAAGAUCCAAGACACUCUGGUGGAGAAUCCUCACCAUAUUCAAGCGAAUCAGAUGAUGUUAAGCUCCUGUCUCAAUCUUCCUCCAGCAAUAACCAAAAAGUACUAAAGUCUGGGUCAUUUAAUGUUCAAGGCAGUGGCAACAACAACAACAAUAACAAUCACACCCAAUCAAUAACAUCGACAACAAUGACAUCAUUGGUUGACCUUCCAUCGGAUGACCCCGAUAGUAACGAUGACUUUGCACGCAUUGAACUCCAACAGAAUACCAAUAUCUCCAAUGGUCUAAUGAUAUUCCAGGACGCUCUCGAAUCUGAAGACCUUUUGGAUGUUUAUAACAGAUUCAAAUCUCCCCUUGCAUCCAAUCGAAACAAACAAUCAAGUGGUAGUAGCAACAUUCAGAACAAAAGCAGUCCAAUCAAUAGUGGCACCAACAACAACAAUAAUAAUAAUAAUAAUGGCACCUCUCCUACCUUCACCUCCUCAUUGGCACCCUCAAAUCGAUUA